CCGGGAUGAUGGCGGUUGUUGGGGGUAAAGCCGAGUCCGGGGGGCGGGUGAAGAUCGGGCACUACUCCCUGGGGGACACCCUCGGGGUGGGCACCUUCGGCAAGGUCAAAGUCGGGAUGCAUGAACUAACGCAGCACAAGGUUGCAGUGAAGAUCCUGAAUCGCCAGAAGAUCCGCAGCCUUGAUGUUGUUGGCAAGAUCCGCCGUGAGAUCCAGAACCUCAAACUGUUCCGGCACCCACACAUCAUCAAGCUGUACCAGGUGAUCAGUACUCCUACAGAUAUAUUCAUGGUGAUGGAAUAUGUGUCGGGUGGGGAGCUGUUUGACUACAUCUGUAAGAACGGGAAGCUCGAUGAGAAGGAGAGUAGGCGCCUCUUUCAGCAGAUCAUCUCGGCAGUGGAUUACUGUCACCGACACAUGGUCGUACACAGGGACCUGAAGCCAGAGAACGUGCUGCUCGAUGCCCAGAUGAAUGCCAAAAUCGCUGACUUUGGUCUCUCGAACAUGAUGUCAGAUGGAGAGUUCCUGCGCACGAGCUGCGGCUCCCCCAACUAUGCUGCCCCCGAGGUCAUUUCUGGAAGGCUAUAUGCUGGGCCUGAAGUGGAUAUCUGGAGCUGUGGGGUAAUCCUCUAUGCCCUAUUGUGUGGUACCCUCCCGUUUGAUGAUGAUCACGUCCCCAUGCUCUUCAAGAAGAUCUGUGAUGGUAUCUUUUACACACCGCAGUACCUCAACCCAUCCGUCAUUGGCCUCCUCAAACACAUGCUGCAGGUCGACCCCAUGAAGCGGACCACCAUUAAGGACAUCCGAGAACACGACUGGUUUAAGCAGGAUUUGCCAAAGUACUUGUUCCCGGAGGAUCCUGCUUACAGUAGCAGUAUGAUUGAUGACGAGGCUCUGAGGGAGGUGUGUGAGAAGUUUGAGUGCAGCGAGGAGGAGGUGUUGAACUGUUUGUAUAGUCGGAACCACCAGGACCCGCUGGCCGUUGCCUACCACCUCAUCAUCGAUAAUCGCCGUAUCAUGAAUGAGGCGAAGGAUUUCUACCUCGCGUCCAGCCCCCCCGACAGUGCCUCCUUCCUGGACGAUCAGCACUUUGUCACGAGAGUCCACCCUGAGCGGGUGCCCUUCCUGGUGGCAGAGGCUGCGCCAAGGCCCAGGCACACCCUGGACGAGCUGAACCCCCAGAAAUCCAAACACCCAGGGGUGCGCAGAGCAAAGUGGCACCUCGGCAUCCGCAGUCAGAGCAGGCCAAGUGACAUCAUGGCGGAAGUGUGCCGGGCCAUGAAGCAGCUGGGGUACGAGUGGAAGGUGAGAAACCAGAGGGUCCGGGGGCAUGGGAAUGUGGGAGAUCAGGGAGACUUCAUCGUCAGUGAUGACUACCCCUGUGGGAAGAGGGCCAGCUACACCUCCUGGGAGACCAUGUAA